GCGAGCGAAGUGCAUUCUGGGGCCGACGAAGAAGAGACGACGCUUCCCUCUCCUUCGUCUUCCUUCUCUCGCAGGGAUUCGGCGGAGCCCGCGCGGCACUCUCUCUUCCCUUCUCCCGCUGUCGCGAGACGCGCGUCACCGCCUCGCACGCUCUUCUGCUUAUCUCAGCCAGGAGCGCAGAGAAGGCGGAGGGUGACCCAGCUCACGCUUUCUUCCUUUCUGCCUUUGCCGACGCUGCGCCCGCUAAGCAGCACCUGACGCCGCCGACGCCGCCAUGCCGAAGAAUAAAGGUAAGGGAGGUAAAAACAGAAGACGAGGUAAGAAUGAGAAUGAAUCAGAAAAAAGAGAACUGGUGUUCAAAGAAGAUGGACAAGAGUAUGCCCAGGUUAUCAAAAUGCUGGGAAAUGGCAGACUGGAGGCAUUAUGUUUUGAUGGUGUAAAGAGGUUAUGUCACAUCAGAGGAAAGUUAAGAAAAAAGGUUUGGAUAAAUACAUCAGAUAUCAUACUGGUGGGUUUAAGAGAUUACCAGGACAACAAGGCUGACGUCAUUCUUAAGUACAAUGCAGAUGAAGCCAGAACUAAGGCAUAUGGAGAACUUCCAGAGCAUGCCAAAAUUAAUGAAACUGAUACCUUUGGGCCUGGUGAUGAUGAUGAAAUCCAAUUUGAUGAUAUUGGAGAUGAUGAUGAAGAUAUUGAUGAUAUCUAAAUGGAACUGAGGAAUACAUUCCAACUCCACCUCAAUAAUUAUUUUGUUUUCAAGUCCAUAUCUUAAAGAAGACUGAAACCGUAUAACAUUUGUAGUACCACCAAACCAAUAUAUUGCCCAAUGUUUAAGUAUUUAUAUUCUUUUAAAAACAGAUGAUGUUGGACUCUGAAAAGUUAAAUGAAUUAUUACAACUAUUUUUGCCUCUUUACCAAUUAGACCUUUACAUCUGUGUGUAAAUACACUUCCUUAAACUCCCUCAUUUGCUUCAUCUUUUUUCACCACUAACUUCACUCAAUCUGUUUUGAAAUAUAAUAAAAAUAUUGCCCUAUAAUUAUCAUGGAAUUUUGAUUGAAUGUGUAGGCUAGUGCUCAAUCUGCCAGUGCAGUGUUUUUUCCUAGUACCCCUUGAAGUAAAAUUGUAACAUUUUGAAAAUAGAAAAGGCAGAGAUUGUCUUUUAAAAUUCAUAAUGCCUAAAUCUGCUUUUAAGUUUUAGCUGCAUGUUAUUUUUAUACUGGUUUUGAUAUUAAAUUUCCACUUUCACAGAUAAAUUUGCCAUAGUGAGGGGAGAGAAUUUUUUUUUUUUUUUUUGAAAAUUAUGUAUGUUUGAAUAGCUGUUCCCUAUGUGGAAGUGGGUAAUGCAGAAAUUAAAACAGUAGUCACACCAAAUUUAAGUUGUUACCGGUAAUUAAACCAAAUGGCUUGCAACAUUAUAUUGUAACUUAACAUUUUAACAGGUGCUUUUGCCCUUACCUUAAAAAAAGUUCAACGUUUAUUAUAUUAUACAUAUUUAGGUUAGAUCCUGAGUUCCCAAGAGCAGAACUCUAGUCACAGUAUGGCUUAUGCUGAUUCCUCAUCUUUGACUCCUGGUGUCUCCUGAAAAGGUGUUCUGGAGAGUUGGAGAAACUUUUGAAACAGCAUAUGAGGUGGUGCUGAGGUCUAUUGGGGAGGGAUUCUCUCUGGAGUCCAGUCCCUUCAGAGAAUGGAUUUCAAUUCGUUUAGAACAGUUGUUCCCAAGAAUGGUCCAUGGACCCCAGGGGGUCUGCGUAAUCCACCCAGGGGAUCUGUGGCACCAUUCACAUAACAAAAACUACCAUAGAGAUAUCAGCAUUUUCAAAAGUAUGGGGUCCACAGUUUGGCUUUUGAAAAAUGGGGUCUGCGGUACUUCGCUAAUUGGGAACUACUGAUUUAGAACAUUCUUACACUUCAGUAAUAAAGAGGAAAAUGCUCAGUUGUAUCCAACACUGCACAAGCGGGUUUCUGUGUGUAAAACAGAAUUUUCUCUCCCCCCCUUUGCACCCCCUGCCUGCAACUGCUCUGGAGAGUCUGCCUAUCUCUGGAGCAGAUUUUGAUGGUGCACUGUGGGGGGUGGGGGCGGUGUAGGCAACUGGGGAAAAAGUUCCAUUGUGCAUGCUGAAGUCUGUUGUGUGAAUGGAACUGCAGUGUUGAUCAAACCCAUUAUGUUUAAAGAAGGUUUUCACUUUCAAUUUCAUCAAUUAUGAGGUACAACUGAAUAAAGGUUUUUGAAUUUGAGAUUAUAUAUGAGAUGAAUGUUAAGUUCUGAAAAAUUCUAUCUGAAAUUAACCAGUUGAGAAACAAAUUGAAUGAGCAUUUUCAGUUUGAGUGGGAGUAGCACACCUAAAAAGUUCAAUAAAGACUAACAUAGUCCUAAUAAUAUUUAAAAGUG